GUUCUGCCUUGAAGUAACCACCUCCGCUUAAAGCUAGCUGAAUAAAGGUCAGUAAAGGAAAAAAGUUUGAAAAAGUUCAAGUCUUACUUCAUUAAGGUAAGAAUAAUUAUCGGUGUAAUUCUUGGUAAGGAUGAAUAUUACAAUGAAAAAUUUUGUGUCAUACGUGUAUUAAACAUUCUUGCACAUGCAGCAACUUCAAACUCUUAUAAUAGCUUUGUUAUGCUCCAUGCUAAUUUCAUACUAUAGACAGUACAAACGUACUCCUUUAGAUUUAUGCUCAUCAGUGACGAUCUUCUUCUUCAGACACUCUAACCAAGCCACAAUGACAUAACCCUAGCUUGAGACCAUUCCAGGCUCCAGCAACUUUGUCUCUAAUUAUUUAUUAUAUAAUACCUUAUUAAAUUCUAAUCAUUUAAUUGGCUGUUUAUGGUCACGUGAUAUCGAAUAGAAAAUUCCAUUUCCCAAGAGUGCAAUGGAACACGUUCCAUUGCACUCUCCGCGAGUGCAAUGGAAUAAAACGUAUAGUACAAUUGCACUCUUUGUGUUUUCGAUAAAUCGCAUCCCUCAAAAUGCUUCUCAUACGAAUCUAUUAGUCUAUUUUGGUAUUAUAUAAAACAAAUAAUGAAUGUUUCUUCGUGCAAUGGUAAGAAUAUUUUCAUUCGGUGAAAGAUGGAAUGUUCCAUUCAACUCGGCUGUCGCCUCGUUGAAUGGAACAUUCCAUCUUUCACCUCAUGAAAAUAUUCUUACCAUUGCACUCAUAAACAUUCAUUAUUUGUAUAACAUUUAAGACAUCAAGGAUUUGUGUUCAGAAAAUUGAAACCCCAGUUCCAUGUAAAAUCAUGUCGUACUUAAUUCUUCCUCGCUCCCCCAAAUGGCAAAUUAUCAAAACUACAAAAGUUGUUUUGGCCUUUCGGGGUUGUUUACAACAUUGAACUGAGAGCAGGGGCGAAAUUAGCCCCUUUUAAUUCGGGGUCUGCCAGAAUUGCCCUGCCAAAACUGAUGAUGCCCUGCAGCAAAUUUUUAUUUUUGGCCACUAUUUUUCCCAAAAAUGUUGAAAAAUCUUUUCCGGACAUUAAAAAAAAGGGUCAAAAAAUUUUUCCGUACAUAAACCAGUUAAAUUAAGGGUCAAAAAAUUUUUCCGUACAAAUUCCUGUUAAAACAUGGGUGAAACCCUGGCAGUUGGACCAAUAUCUGUAAAAUUUAGGUCUAUAAAUUCUAUUCAAUUCCCUCUGAAAGCCCUGUAUAAGUUACUUCAUAACUCUACAUUCUAUCAUUGCCCUGCCGAUCCAGAUGAUUCGUUUUUUUUAGGGGAGUAUCACCCCCCCCCCCCAUAUGCCCCUCAAGUUUCGCCCCUGACUGAGGGAGAAGGGGUGACGUAAUUCGAUAUUUUUUCACCUGAAUUUAAUUUCAACCAAGUCGAAUACUUCAAGACUAUCAGUUAUAGAAAAUAUAAAUAUAAUAUAUACCAUAUUGUCUUUGAGAAAUUAAAUCUUAAAAAUCCUGGUGUUUCUGCUAUAUUUCACCAAAGGCUAAGACUUAAAAACAGUCUCUGUUUAUUUAGCCUGGUAAUCAGCGUGUUUAAAAUAUAAAGUAAUGCAAAAUUGUGGCGACUAUAGUUUUCAAAUCCAGGUCAAUGGACAAUGAAAAUGAUGUUGUAACUGUAACUCAGUAACUCUGAACAUCUAUUUUCUUCGAGUUUAAGUGCAACCCUAUACUUUGCCAGCUUCUUGUUCAAAUUUCAAUCUAUACCCUUCGUGUAAAGUAGUUCUUAAUUCUUAUGCUUCUUCGAUUACACAGAGUACAGUAGAGCCAGGUUUGGCUUGCUUUAAGGGGCGGACCAUUUGAUUUUUGAGGGGGGGUUGGAAGAUUUCGAAAAAAAAUUUCCUGCAAUCCAAGGCGGAAAAAAAUCAUACAGCAUAUAAUCGAGAAAAAAAAUCAUGCAAAAGAGAGCGCUCAAAAAAAAAUUCCUACAUGUAAAUCUACUGACGUUCUUCACUUCAGUAUUGUGUCCACAGGCUUUAUGCACGAUUUUGCAUUUUUGAGCAGGCACAUUUGCUUAAAAGAACACGGGGUGAACAGACAGAACAGUGGACAAUAUCACAGGGAUUCUACCGCCUUUGGAGCCCAUAACAUACGAUAGCCAGUGGCGUUCCCUGGCAAAAUUGUUGCCCACCCUGAGAAAAUCUGGGCUUAAGAUGUGUACAAUUAAUUAAGGUGGCUCCCUACAGUUAGUACAGUUUAAAUACGAUUUAUAUAGAUCAGACUUCAUCCUCGCGACCUGCGCGUGGAAUCGUGUUUACUGUUGAAACAAGCCGUGGGAAGUUUUUUGGCGUUUUUAUCUACAAAGAAAGCCCCAGUUUUUCAUUAUAAUCCUAAUUUUUUCUGAAUUCGAACAGUACGUAUGUUAUUAACUAGUUUAACCUAUCUUUUAGUGUGUUUUUACGUAUUUACGUUCAGUAUUGUCUUUCAUAUUGCUCAAAAUUUUCAACUUGUUGUUUUGCGAGCUGUCAAACUGAAAUGAUACUGUCUUCUAUUAACUCUUGAACAGUAGUGAACUGUUCCCGAAACUUAUAUAAGUUCUGUCAAUCAAUUCAAUUUACAGGUAUCGUUUUAUCUGCUAAAUCAAAUAAAACAGUUAUGAGUUGUUUUAUAUGAAAAGUUGAACUUGUAGUUCGAUGUUUUGGAAAGUUUUCACACCGAUUUUAACAACAAAAACAAAUGUAAACUAACACUGGAUUUAAUACAAUGCCUAUAAUAGUGUUUUUUAUUGGUAUUUUCAAGAUUAAUAUUUUAUUUUCAUGUCAAACAAGUCAGAAAUGUCUGUUUUCGUAUGUAUUGUAAGCCAAAAAGUUGAAAUCACUAUAAAUCACACGCUACAAUUUACACGCAUGCGCAGAUCGUGCUCAUGUCGAGUCGAUUUUUUUUCAUGCUGGCCACGCCGAUUUUAGCGUUGAUUUUCUCGUGUUUUCUUCGGUGAAAUUUUUUUAAACUUUGUAUUUUUGUUAUACAAGACGAGUGGUACAACAUAUCCAAAUUUUAAGAAAUUCUACAAAUAACGUUUUCUGUAACCGUCAUUCACGAAUAUCUCGAAAACUUAUUUGUAAAUUCCCUCCAUUUUGAUAUGUUUUUCCUUUAUGGACCAUAAAUCUUCAAAAAAAAUUUCAGAAAAAUUCACCGAAGGAAAAUAUAGAUAUUGUCAAUUUAUUGUGAAAUUAAACAAUAAAAGUGCAAAAGAUUAAACGUCAUGGUUGCCAUGGCAACACAAACACUGUUUUAAUUUGUUCAUAAAUGAACAGCACACAGCUUCUGAACUUUCCUGGAAAUGAUCAUAUUGCCUUGUCUUAAGUGUAUCUAAUAUAAAUUCGGUUCAAAGCGAACGAUACUCAAAAUACCUAGAAUUUUAGAGAACUGUAGGGAGUCACCUUAAGUUUAUAAGUUAUUUAUAAAUAUCUAAUAUGCAUGGUAGAAAAAGUAUUUUUGGAUGGUUGAGUCUGUGUGCGUUUUUUGACAACAUAGCUCCAAACUAUUAAAGCUUCAAAGGCCCAUCUACAGGAUGCAAGUUGAACGUACUGUAUAUACGAUGAUUUUAAUGCGCAAAUGCCAGUUUAGAGUCUCGAUUUUAAAAAAUUUCUGAAGAGGAUGCAACCCGAUCCCCAACAAGCUAUCUGUAUGAACGAUUGAAAAGCUACAGAGCUAUAUUUGCUGGAACAUUGUUGUUUCGGAGGGCAGUUAAAAAUCGCAUUAUUGAAAUCUUGUUUUAUUACAUAUUAAUCAAAGCUCAUUUUGUGAUUUUCCCUUGUUUAAAAUAAAGGACAGUAAGUGUUCCUUAGGCUUAGUACAGCAAAGUUGUUGGACGAAUCCAUGACUGAAAAAUAUUCGAGUCCAUGACUGAUAAAUAUUAAAUAAAAUUUUAAAAUUUUCGAGUACUCUACUCUAUCCCUGCAUGUUUUAGGUUUUGGUGCAGUUAUACAUUUUUUUAAGUAAACCUGCACGCUUUAGUGUGGGGAACAUUAAGACAUAACCAUAUAAAAUAAAGCACAGUGAAAAUUCCUUGGCCCCUCUUGGAAUUCAGUUCUCGGCCUCCUCUGACUGAAAACCCCGGCUACGUCUCUGACGAUAGCCAGGGGCGCCGGACCCACAGGGGCAGCGGGGGCAACUGCCCCCGUUGCCCAAAUAUUGUGGGGGCAGCACGGGGGCAACAGGUUGCCCUUUUUGCCAGAAUUGCAGCUCCAAAUUUUUGCAUUAUUCAAAGGAAUUUGAAUUUAGAACUAUUUUUAAGCAAUGUUUAAAGAUGCGGUACAGUCCGUAUGUAAACAAAUAUGAUUUCUGCGCAUACUACGAUUUAUGCGCAUACUAUGAUUUAUGCAUAUAUAGAGAUUACUUCAUAGUUGAUGAGCGCGUACGAUUUUUAUGCACGAGUUGCGAAAAAUUCCUAUAAACGAACGAGUGAGCGCAGCGAACGAGUGAGUUUAUAGGAAUUUUUUGCAACGAGUGCAUAAUAAAAAUCGUACAAGCGAAUCAACCAUGAAGUAAUUUGUUUAUUAUAUGAGUUAUUAUAUAUUAGAGUGAAAUUUAAGUGCUGAACGAUAGACACAAUUCAAACCAAACGUUUCAAACAUAUAUAACAUGCAUCAAAAAGUACAACAAUAGCUACAACAAAUGAAUUAUUUCGCUUUAAAAUUCUUGUAUUAUUAUUCUCCUGUUGUUCAAUGAAUUCGCUUACGGAUGGUGUCUCUGCGAAGCGUGAAGCCAUUUCAAAUCAAAAGUCGAACGGACAUAUAUCUAAAAAAACUGAUUGUUGUUUUCUUGUACGCCAGUGGCGCGGCGGGAAAAGUAAAUACGAAAUUUUUCACUAGUGACAAAUUCCGUACGUCCAAUGAGAAGGCAAAUACAACGUUCUUCAAUAGUGGCGAAUGUCGUAUGUCCAAUGAGAUCCUCAGACAUUUUAGGCAUAUGGUUUUUAUUCGACAACUUUAUCGCGUAUAAAAUUCAAUACUCAUAUAAUAAACUAUAACAUGUUAGUUUGCGCAAUAUAAAUAUUAAAUAUUAUUAUUAUUAUUACAAAGGCUUUGUUUACAUUUCGGUAUCCAAAAUAUAGUAUUUUAUUCGACAACUAUUUAUAUUUUCAUGAUUCUAGAGUAUAAUAAAUUAUCCAGACACAACAAUCAAGCUUUGCAAGAAGAUAAAAUGAAAUAAAAACCUAAAUAAACUGUUUGUAUCUCGGUUUGUAUAAUAAAAAGAGGGCUCCUUUGUGCACAUACGCAGAUCGGACUGUACAGCAUCUUUAAGCAAUCUUUGCUUAAUUUUUAACCAGUUGUAGUAAAAUUAAUGCUAAAUCAAGCAAUUUACGUCCGUUUACUGAUUUUAUUUUGCGCCUUUAAACCAGGGAUGCCGGAAGUUGCUGAGGGCAAAGGGUGCGAUUUGCUAUCAAACGGGCAUAUUUCUUAAAAAAUGUCAGAAACAAAAGUGAAAGGGCACUUGCCUACUUCUAACCUAAUUUAAAAUCAAACACAAGCAAUAUUUAAAAGCAAGCUUUUAUUAAUUUCAAACAUUAAAAUAAGGCACACAAAAUUAGCAGAACAGUUUCGCUAUCUCUUCUACGGAAGAAAGUAUAGGUUAUGAAACUAAAUCGUUCAUUUUUUGUAAUAUAAACUUAGUAAUAAACUUAGUAAACACCUCCGGAGUAACCUUUUCUUUGUGAGGAUUUCGAUAUAAACUGUUUUUCUGCUUAUUUGCUAACCGCAGGGGCCCUCAUCGGCCAAGUCCUAUCGACCAAAAAAUAGGGAACGUACGUAAAAAUGCAGGUUAAGAGUCAAUGGGGAAAUGAAAAAUUAAUAAUGAUAAACAAUAAAGCCUCCAUCGAAGACAUUAACUGAUUUUUUAUUCCAUCUCAAAUAAAACAAAAGUCAUUCGUAUUAGUUGUUACAUGUGUUGGAGACUGUUAAUAUUAUAGUGAUGGAAUUUUCCAGAGCAUGCUAUAAUAUUCAAUAUAAUAAAAAAAUAUCUCAGUCAAACAAUGACAACAGUCACCAGGGUCUCCACACCAAAUAUGCCUAAGGGACCCCUCUUCCUCCGUUACACACUGCUGUUUGUGUGAAAUGAUUUAAUUAAAUCUAUUCGUUUUAAGUCUUUUGUGCACACGUUGUACCCAUAAUCUGCACCCGCACUGUACCCAUAAUCUGCACCCAAAAAGUUAUGAAUGCAAAAAGCAUGGGGUGCACUUGCACCCGUGUUUCCGGCAUCCCUGGGUGCAACGAAUAAAAUUGUUCAAAUUAAUGUCGAAGUUUGCGACCCAUAAUAGCCAGAAGUAAUUGAGUGUCCAUACGGUAAAGUUUUAACAAAUAUUGCUGCCCAGAAAAAUGAUGGCUGAGAAGCAAGUGCCCUUUUGAAAUGGCUGCCCCCGCCGCUUCACAUUGCUUCCGGCGCCCCUGACGAUAGCUAUAUGAAAGUCUUAAGUUACUGUAAGCCAUUAUUAUGAGAGGCAAAAAAAAAAUCCUGCCGCGAAAUAUAUUGGGAAAAAAAUAUCUUGUUACAGAAAAAAAUAUCUGUCUUGUUCCCCUGGGUGGAAACAAAUUCUUGCACAGUCUGAAUCUUCCAACCCCUCAAAAUUCAAAUGGUCCGCCCCUAAAUAAAGAAUAUUUAUGUUUUAGAUUACAUACACCAAGAAUCAACAAUGUCAAUGCGUACGCUAUUUCUGUUUUCCGUUGUGUUCUCAAUCACUUUCGUGACAAUCCAAAGUCUUAGCUGUAUGCCAUGCGGAAAGUGGCCAUGUCGUCCUGAAAACAAGCUAAACUGCACAGGAGGUUUAACUUUGGGUAUCUGUGGAUGUUGUAAUGUAUGUGCAAAGGUCGAGGGUGAGGAAUGUGGGGGAAUGUGGGAUUUGCUUGGCACGUGUGAUGAUGGUCUGACGUGCGUUCCUGAGCAAGCGUCAGAAGACGAUUUAGACGAUUCAGACUCUUAUUAUUUCAACGACCUGCCGGGUAAAUGUGUGGCUGAUAAUGUUGCGAUAUAAGGUAAUGGACCAGAGCUCAAACGUAGUUUUAAGCUAAGGAACAGUGGACCUAAUUGACUAAUGUGUUGCCCAUUGCAACCCCAUUGCUUGAAUUUUAUGCUCGGUUACCUAAUUUGUCCAUGAAUUAGGAGAUGGGAUCUUUAAAGGUGGUCUGAGGGGCUUGUAUUUUUGAGCCUCUUAAUUAGUGAGGUGGAUAAGUGAAACGAUAUAUAUUGUACAUUUUGUGAAGAAAGCACCAUAUUGAAAGGAUGUGUAGACUUUGACACAAGUAUGAAUAUCAGACUUGGAGGCAUCUGUGAAGACUGUGAAAUUAACGCUAAAAGCCUAAAGCCCUGGGCAAACUAGAAAACAUUGUUGUGGAAACAUUUAUGAUUCGCGAUGUUUCCUCAAAAGUUUCUCUGUUUGCCCACCCGUGGAAACAUUGUUGCGGAAACAAAAUUUGCUUCCCGAGAAGCAAUGUUUCCUAGCAAAUUCAGAAACAUUUGAUGUUUCCCUAUGUUUCUCACUAAUGUUUCCUAGUGUUUGCCCACUCUGGGAAACAUGGUGCAACAUUGUCAUUGGCAGGAAACAAUGUUUCCGCAAGGAUGUUUCCUAGUUUGCCCAGGGCUUUAAAAUAGCCAAAAAUUUGGAAUUUCUGACAUUUUAUUAUAAACUUCCGUUACUGCUCGAAAUCUUAAAAUUCUAAAGUACUUCGCAAAAAAAUGAGUUCUAUGGCUGAAAAGUAAACAACAAAAUGUUUAUGGAACAUUAAAGCAGUUUUUUGAUUCCCCAAAUAUUUCCUGAGUUGCAACCUGUUAAAAAAGGCGAUUUGAAGCUAGUGCCAGUCUUUGCACCAAUUUUUAUAUCAAUUUUGUGCGAUUCGAAACUGGUUAGUCUCCCUCGCAGCCUGUUCGCGGGUGCGAGGGAGACUAGAAACUGGUUAACUUAAAAACGACUUGGCAAAAUAAAAAAAACUGCGUUUAUUAAUAGUAUUCUAUAGAUAGUUUUUUGUGUACGUUUCAAUUACCAUGUAACUUAUUUUUUCAGAUGCCUUCAUAUCUGAUAUUCAUACUUUUGUCAAAGCCUACACACAUUGUCAAUAUGAUGGUUCCCUCACUAACUGCACAAUUAUUACGAAAUUGUGUGCUUAUAAAUCCGCCCUACUAUCUCGAGCUUGAUUUUCCGCAUGUUAGACACAAUUUUUGAUAUACCUCAUCCGCCAGACAAAGCUUUGAUCAAGGGAAUACUGAAACGUACACUCUUCUUAAAAAGUUAUUCUUCACCUUUGCUCAUAUUUAGAAAGAAGGAACCUUCAUUUGGGGAGGGGGGGCUGGGCAAACAUUUAUCACUCUAUUUACUGAGACCGAGGGAAACAGUGUGUUUUGUGGACCCGAGACCGCCGUUCAAACGAGUUUUAGGUAGUUACGUUUCUUCCCAAAUGUAACGGAUUUAAAAGUAUAGUAAUUGAAGGAAAACGAAAAGAAUUUCCUAUCUAUUGCUAAUCCAGGUCUUUCGGCUUCUCAAUCGUUGCUGUCAGAUCUUUUAAUUGAAAUUAACAGGCUUCUCUCUCUUUUCAGGAAAUUCUGAUGAAUGAUGCUAUAUAUCUUUAGUAAAAGUUCCAUUGCAUGC